GAACGACCAAUCGGUUUACUAACAUCACCAUACCGACAUUAUUUUAGCGUCGGCACUUCCGUGAUUAAGCUAACUCAUGUCAGCAUUGUGUCUGCUGGUUAUUUGUAUACCAUAUCCUAACGUACAGACUAAGAUCUAUAAGCUGAUUAAAUCAGCACGUGCUUCAGAGCAUGGAACCUGGAGAGCACAAUUACAGUAUUGUGUUUCAGUUUGAAAGAGAAUGGCACGAGAAAAAAUUCUUGGAUUACAUGCUUGAGCGAUGGACAGAUAGCUUUGUGUACUCGGCAAUUUACAUCAUUGUCGUCUUUGGAGGACAGUUUUUGAUGAAACAUCGCCCCAGGUAUGAUCUUCGACCCUGUCUUGCUAUAUGGAGUGGAGUGUUAGCAAUUUUCAGUAUUGUUGGUGCAGUGAGAACUUGGCCGGAACUUAUUUCUGUUCUGUCGAAUCAUGGAUUGCAAUAUUCUGUGUGUAUUCCAACUUAUUUUAAAGGAGUUACCAGUUUUUGGUCAUUCCUGUUCACUGUUUCUAAAGUAUACGAGCUUGGAGACACAAUUUUUAUUGUCUUGAGAAAACAGCCGCUAAUAUUUCUUCAUUGGUACCAUCAUAUCACAGUAUUAAUAUAUGUGUGGUACAGCUAUACAGAUCAUACUGCACCCGGUAGAUGGUUUAUGGUGAUGAACUAUACAGUACAUGCUUUUAUGUACUCCUACUAUACUCUACGUGCAUUACAAUUUCGCUUCCCAAAAUUUGUGAAUAUGGUUAUUACAUCAUUACAGCUAACUCAAAUGAUUAUUGGUGUCCUUAUAAACAUUUGGAUUUAUAAAAUCAAAGGAAGGGGUGAAUUUUGCCAACAGAGUUAUGAAAAUCUGGGUUAUUCUUCAGCAAUGUACUUCACAUAUUUUGUGUUGUUCGCCCACUUUUUCUAUACAACAUAUCUAUCAAAAUCAGCGCACAGACAAAAAGGAGAUUAAUGGAGUUUUUUUCUAGAAACAUUUUGAAAUUUACAUAUAGUCAAUGAAAACAGCGUCUACGUUCUGGCAGUUGAAAAGAAAAUAUGAUAAAAAUCGGUACCAAACCUGGAUGUUAAUUAACACCAUUUGAUCAAGCAAUGUUAUUUAGUUUCUAAGUUAUUUAUAAUGUAAAUCUAUGGAUUGAUUAGAUUUUGAAUUGGUUUUAAAUUAGAAUCUAGUUUGUCUUUGUUAAAUUUAAUUCUGUUAAGAAUAUAAAAAAAAUGAGGCUAUUUUUGCUUCAAUAAUAUUUGUUUACAUAUCAAAGGGUCUGGGCAUGAUUGGGGUUUAUAAUAAUUACUGUGAGUAUGAUUAAUUUUUUAAUCAAGAAAUUUAAAUACUAAAAUCAUUAUUAUUAACUACUUUUAAGUAUUUGUUUUUUGCCACAUUAAAAAAAAAAGAUGGUUAUGAUAAUAUAUUAUUGUGAGUUGUCUUUUGUUGCAUAUAUUAAUGCCUUUUUUUUUUUUUUUUUUUAGGAAAAUUAUUUUGUAAAAAUGUAAGACUUUGAAAAAUGAAUGAAUGAAGAUUUAGGUUAUGAUUUCUUAUUGUAUUAAAUGUAUAUGAACAUGCAUAUAUAUGUCCUAGAAACAUUAUUUAUUAAAACAUCAAAUCAAAGACCUCAUUUGCAAAAUAUUUUCAUCUUCAGAAUAUAUUUGGUGCUUCCUUUUAUUUAAGACUUAUUAGUGAUUAUUAGUCUCAAUGAAAUCCUAGACUACAUGUGAAGAAAGAAAGAAUGUCAUUUAUAGUAUAAAUGUGAGACAUGGUUAAUCUAUUUUUUAUUUUAUAUGAUAGACCAGUUUAUGCUUUUUUUCAUCAUUUGUUUAGCAUAUAAAUACUAGUAGUUCUGAGUCUGUCAGUACUGUUACUUACCAAUCUGUACAAAUGAAACACAAAAUAAUGGAGAAUUUACUAUAUAUAACUCAUAUUAGGUAAUCCUCUAUGUUUCAUUAAGCUUCUUAAUCUUAUUGUUUUAAUCAUAAUACACAUCUGCUUUAACUAUUAAUAACAGUUAUAAGAGUAAUGUAUGUUUAUUAAAGCACCUAAAUAAUUACCUAUUAGAUAGUAAAUAAACAGAAGUGUUUAAAAUACAUUUUUGAUUGUACCGAAACAAGGCAUAUCAGUUAAGCAUUAUAUUGGUUAAAUUUAUUUUGGACAUAUUUAUUACCAUUUUUUCCUCUUACUUUAAAAAAAACUACAUUCGAUUUUCUUUUAUAAUACUGAAAAUAUGCUGACAAAUUUGUUUGGUUAGUAGGAAAUUAAAUGAUAAUAAUAUAAUGGCAUUGACGUUUCACAUGUUGUUUCACACUUUACCCACAUUGUUAUUAGCAUGCCAUAGAUUACCUAGUACAUCAAAGUGAUUAUUUAUAAAGUUUUUGUUUUUGUUAUAGUGUGUUAACCAAAUGCUAUCCCAUUCAAGAAAAAUUUUAGACCAGGUGGAACCAGUAGGUUUAAACAGGGUUUUUAAAUAAAAAGAAAGUAAUAAUUCAUUUAAACUUAAUACCUAUUUAAAGUUAUAACUUAAAAGUUAUUUUAUUAGUACUUUUUUCUUAACUAUAAAUGUUAUGCUAUUAGUACUUUAAUUGUAGUGUACUGGCUUUAGCAGUUAAUGACGAUGCAUGUUGCUAUUGUGUCUGAUCAUGUAUAUAAUCAUUCAUUUUCUUAUUAUGUGAAUGUAAUAUACCAUAUUAUCAAAUAAUAUGGGCUUAUGAAAAACAAAAUAUAGGCCUACUUGCAAAGGUUUCUUGUAGUAGAAAGUUUGAUUUAAUAGCGUGACUUUUGAAAAAAAAAAUAAAGGUCACAUUGGUUACAUUUUUAUUUUUUCAUCUUCAUAAUUAUUAAAAUGUGUACAUAUAAUAUAUAUUAGUUACAGUAGCAGUAUAAUAUUUGAUAUCAAAAUAUAAAAACAAUAGAUCUAUUGCCUUCUGUGCUAUUGUAUUAAGAUUUAUUUUGUUCAACUUUUGCACCUGACUCAAUGCCUUGCAUUGUUAUUAGAUCUUCGACUUAUUGAUUUCUAAAUUGUGCUGGAACAUAUUCUCUAAAAUGACAAUAAAUACGAUGUACCAGUACUGUAUUUGAAAUGCCUUGCUGAAAGCUAUAUAGGCCAAUCAUCUUUUUAGCUACUCAAGUAUUUUAGGUCUGACAUAAUUCACAUAUUUUUCUCUUUCUCAGAAAUUAUUUAUAAUUGGUUAGUUUUUAUUUAAAUUAAUCUAAUACUGCUGUUGUCUCAUGAAGUUUAGAACUAUUUCAUGUUUGUUUGUUUGUUAUUUGAUUCAAUAUUUAUGUGGUAACUGCAGUUAUUCAUAAAUAUCAGAUCAUAAUGUGUACUUUCUCAACAUAGGAAGACUGCUAUUAUUUCACAGCACCUUUGUUAGCAUGUGUGAUAUCUGUACAUUUGUUUGUUCACUGUUUCAUUUGACUUUAUACAGUUGUUAGAGACUCCAUUUCACUAGUGUUUUGAAUACUCAUUGUAUACUGGAAAAUAGCUUUUUGUAAGAAAAACAUUUUUCUAAAUCUCCAUUCCAUUUGUUGCACUGCAGUGUGUUUACAGAAAUCCUUGCAUUUUUUUCUCACUUCAUUACCUUUUUUUCAUUGCAAUUUGAUUGCAAUGUUUUCAUUUUAUUAUUAUUUCUUGUUGUUGUUGAAAGUUUUUUCUUUUUGUUUAGUUGGUGGUGUGUUGUUGUUUUUUUUUUAGAAAGAAUCCUUUGAGAUAAGGGUUAGGCCUUUUUAAACCUCAUUUAAAUAGAAUCUAAUUUGUAUUAUUAACAUUACUUUCUCAGAAUUAAAAUUAUGUUUUGUUUAGUUACUGCAUUACCAUUCACAUGUUGAUGAAUUGAAUGUACAUUUUAUAGAAAUGUGAUACAUGCAGUUUUCUUGGUAUUAUUCAAUUACUUUUUCUAUUGCAGUUAUUUUUGUAUAUUCCCUGUUUCUCCCCUUCCCACUAGAGUUUGAGAUGUUCUAUUGGAUGAUACAUUUUGUGUUUGUGUGAUUUUUGAAUGUUAUUGAUCAAUCUUGGGUGAAGAUAAAUAGAUGUACCUGGCAGAAAUAAAUUUUUUCAGUACAGAU